AUGAAUGAUAUUCCUUAUUCAUCAAUAGUUGGGAGUCUAGUGUAUGCCCAAAGAUGUACAAGACCAGACAUCAAUUUCGAUGUUGGAAUGCUGGGCCGUUAUCAAAUUAAUCCAGGAAUUGAUCACUGGAAAGUUGUGAAGAAAGUAUUGCGAUACUUGCAAGGAACUAAAAAUCAUAUGCUCACUUAUAGAAUAUCUGAUCAUCUUGAUGUGAUUGGAUAUUCAGAUUCAGAUUAUGCUGGUUGUAGUGCGAAGCAGUCUAUUAUAGCUGCAUCCACUAUGGAAGCUGAGUUUGUGGCAUGCUUUGAGGCCACAUUUCAGGCUAAUUGGCUGCGGAACUUUAUUUCAGGACUUGGACUAGUUGAUAGUAUUUCCAAGCCGCUGAAAAUUUAUUGUGAUAAUACUGCAGCAGUCUUCUUCUCUAAAAACGAUAAGUAUUCGAAGGGUGCCAAUCAUAUGGAAUUGAAAUACUUUUCAAUUAGAGAAGAAGUCCAGAAACAUAAAGUGACAAUUGAACAUAUUAGCACCAAGCUUAUGAUUGCUGAUCCUUUGACGAAAGGAUUACCGCCCAAAACAUUUGUUGAACAUUUUGAAAGAAUGGGUCUUAUUGAUAACAAUGAAUGA